UCCAUACCAGAGAGAGAGAGAGAGAGAGAGAGAGGAUAUGGUUGCUUUAUGAGACAUGAACUUUACCAAAGUGGAAAGCAUCAGUCAAUUUAUAUAUGUCAGGAUCAAAACCCCACCCCUCUCUCUCUCUCUCGUCUCCCCCUUUAAAUGCGAAUGCGAUGCAAGCUAGCUUAAUAUUAGCUUCGUGAAGAAUUUAGGGUUUGCAGAGGGGAAAAAAUGGGUCGAGGUAGGGUUGAGCUGAAGCGGAUUGAAAACAAGAUUAGCCGCCAAGUCACCUUCUCCAAGAGAAGAUCAGGCCUCUGGAAAAAGGCCAAUGAGAUCUCAGUUCUCUGCGAUGCCCACGUUGCUUUGAUUGUCUUCUCCACCAAAGGAAAACUCUUCGAGUUCUCCUCUCAUUCAAGCAUGGGAAGACUUCUUAAACGAUACGAGCAUCACAGUGGCGAGCCUAGUGAAGCCAAGGUUGAAGACUUGUUCCACGAAUAUCCAAAACUUGUCGAUCGUCUUCAACUUCUCGAGAGAAAUAUGAGGAAUUACGCGGGAGAGGAUCUGGAUCCACUGAGCUUGAGAGAUCUCCACAGUGUUGAAAAUCAACUCGGAAAUGCUUUGAAGCGAAUUCGAACAAAAAAGAACCAACUCAUGCAUGAGGCGAUUUCCCAGCAUCAGAAAAAGGAGAAGUCACUGCUGCAUCAGAAUCUUACGUUAAAAAAGGAGAUGAAGGAGAGGCAGCAAGCAGGAGAUAGCAGAGAGCAAGAACAACAAGCUCAAAAUAUAUCCUCCUCCAAACUUCCCUAUCUGCGUAACCUAACUAUGGUCGGUGGUUCCGAUGGAGCUGCAGAAGACGGCGGUUCAGACUGCCGUAUUCCGGCAUGGCUCGUCGAUCAUGUGCCAAGACGAUGACGUUUUGGAGUAGGCAGCCGAAUAUAUAUUGUAGGUAGUAGCUAGUAUCCACUUUCAAUAAAACAUAUCAUGAGAUAUUUGCUAUCGCAUGCAUGUAGAUGAUGUAGAUUUCCAAAUUAUAUAUAUAUUGUUAU